AUGAAAGGAGAUGCUAUGGCGGACAGCGGCCGAAAGGGUGCGUGGUCAUUAGAAAAUGCUUUAGGGAUGUGAAACGUCUUAUUGAAAUCAAAGAAAAGUUGUUUCUAAAUUCUUUCGAAAUCGGAUCAAACGUGUCGGAAAGAAGUGUAGGAAUUUUGUCUCAAUAGAAUACAUCACUGAAUACACUGAAUACACUCCAACAGACCCUCCCCCCUCCCCCCAACUCAAGUAUGGACCCUCCCCCACCCCCAACUCAAGUAUAGACCCUCCCCCACUCCCCAACUCAAGUAUAGACCCUCCCCCACCCCCAACUCAAGCAUAGACCCUCCCCCAUCCCCCAACUCAAGUAUAGACCCUCCCCCCACUCCCCAACUCAAGUAUAGACCCUCCCCCCCACCCCCUAACUCGAUUUGACGGCUUCCUUUUCAGAAGAGUUGGACAAGUACAUUCAUACUUGAAAAAUAACCACUCGUUCUUUGACUAUUCUUUUAACUAGAUUUGGUGUUUGGUUGUUUAAAAAUACAAGAUAACUUAACCGUACUCUCUUUUGUUUUCCAUUAGAGAGAGGUCAGAGUUGCGUUACCGUACGGGCAUGGAGUUGUCGUACGGCGACACAAGUAAUAAUCAUUCUAUUUGUUUUCAGAUUUCCAAUGAAAGAGGGAAGUAAAUGGACAAGCAACGUGGUUUCUCCUCCGUUUUAAAAGCACGUCGUGUCGGCCAGUGAAAUCUCACGGGUUAAUUAUGUUUACAAAGUGAUUUUGUCUUAUGCAAACGAAGCUAGCAGUUAAUAAUUAUUUCGACCUUCUGUUAACGCGGCAGCUAGGCAACCAUUUGUCCUUCAAAGAAUUUUAUCGGAUUAGUACGGAGUUUAUUUUGAGGUUGCCUUCUCAGGUUUGAUACACAUUGAAUAGUAAACUUCAAGCUCAACGAAAGUUUGAGGUUGCUAAGGUCUUGCGGUCGCGUGAAUUCAAAUGGAGCAAAUACAAUUGUUCCUUUUGUAUUAUAGGGAUUUCUAAAGAAGCAAAACACAAUGGCGGAUAUUGUCAUCAAAAAUGGUUACAACGGCUUCGACAACAAAGGCCAUAAUUCUAAGAAAUUUAGCAAACCUCUUCUGUCGUUCAAGAACAGACUACCGCCAUUGCCAAACGACAAAAGUAGUGUGGUUUCGUCCGAACGCGGCUUACAUUCUCCUUUCCUACAAGGUUCGCUGUCAGAUCACAGCAAUACAGAUAUUGUUAUUUUGUUGGACGACGAACUUAAACGAAUUCGCCAAUUGAGCAAUAACCUUGGGAUAAACCAACGCUACGAAAUAGCUCAAUAUCACAACCGCUUUCACGGCCUCAAACAAGGCCGACUACCGCAGAUAGAGAGCUCAAAAUAUUGGAGACAGAGUCACAACUGGAUAAAACGAAAGGAUAAUAUUGAUAGACAUGACACUCCAAAAUUCCAGACUGGUUUUAAUUUCAAAGCCGCGGAAAAAUUCAGCGUGGAUUUGGACAGUUUGCCGAAGGGAGGAAAGAAAUUACUUAAACCUGUCGAUAUACCAUCGCUUGGGUGUUCGUACAGGUUGCCGAUACCCAAGGAACAAAAACAGAGAACUACUAAAUGA